AUGUCGAUUGAUCUCAGAAUCUUCAUCAAAACGAUGAUCGGAAAUUUGAGAAUCGGAAGAGCUGGCAUCUGGAAAAGCGGAGUUACCGAGAAUGAGCGAAUGCUCGCUCUUCCCAUUCUCAAAUUUCCAACCCUCGUUUUGAGGAAAAUUCUCAAAACAAUCAAUAUUGAGACAGUAAUCCCCAUCUCAUUAUGCUCUCGUAAAAUGUAUCACCUCGUUAAGAAUUUUCGAGAUAAAUCAGUUAAACUCAGAAUCAAUAUUUACGGAGAAAGUUCGAGUGUAGGGAUAGUGACACCGGACAAUCACUAUCAUGGAGUUAAAGUGGUAGUUGAAAGAAAAUCUAGAAAUCUUGAAUCAGUGAAUAUCAAUGGUCACCUGGUAGCAAUGCAUCGUUCGCAAUGGCACAACGGCUGGGUAACCUAUUGGGAUGAUGAAGUGAAAGGAAUUCAAUCAGUAAUCGAGUAUCUAUCGGAUCUUUUUGGGAUUAAAAAAGUGGCUACAGUUACAGUAACCCCAUAUUCAUUUAAGUUGCUGGAUGUUAUCAAAGAGAGACAAGGGAAUGAUUAUGAACUCGGUAUAUACCUAUCAUAA